CCAAAGCCCAGUUGCUUGCUGUCUGGAGCGGCAGCGAGCGGAGAGGGGCGAGAGGCUUCCGUCUCUGGGCUGCGGAAACUACCCUACGAAAGCUAACGAGAGUGGCAGUGAUUGAGGAAAGGAGGACCACUGUACUCGAGCUGUCGGCUCAGUUAAAAUAUCGGUUAAACGGCAGCUUCCCCUCAUUGGAAAGAAAAGGCCUGCGGAGAUGGGCGACAAGGCGGGGACCAGAGUCUUCAAGAAGUCCAGCCCCAACUGCAAGCUCACAGUAUACUUGGGGAAGAGGGACUUUGUGGAUCAUCUCGAUCACGUGGACCCUGUAGAUGGGGUGCUCUUGAUUGACCCAGAAUACCUUAAAGACAGAAAAGUGUUUGUGACCCUGACGUGUGCCUUCCGUUAUGGCCGUGAAGAUCUGGACGUGCUGGGCCUGUCUUUCCGAAAGGAUCUCUUUAUUUCCAGCUUCCAGGCGUAUCCCCCUUUGCCCGAGGAGCACAAACCUCUCAGUCGUCUACAGGAGAGACUGCUCAAGAAGCUGGGCCAGAACGCAUACCCCUUCAACUUCACGAUUCCUCAGAACCUUCCCUGCUCCGUGACUCUUCAGCCCGGCCCAGAGGACACAGGAAAGGCAUGCGGAGUUGACUUUGAGGUCAGGGCAUUCUGUGCCAAAACUGUGGAUGAGAAGACUCACAAACGGAACUCUGUGCGGCUGGUCAUUCGCAAGGUGCAAUACGCUCCAGAGAAGCCUGGUCCUCAGCCAAUGGUGGAGACCACACGCAGCUUCCUUAUGUCUGACCGCUCUCUUCACCUCGAGGCCUCGCUAGAUAAAGAGCUCUACUACCACGGUGAACCUAUCAGUGUCAACGUUCAUGUGACCAACAACUCCACCAAAACAGUUAAACGAGUUAAAAUCUCUGUGCGACAGUAUGCCGAUAUCUGUUUGUUCAGCACCGCACAGUACAAAUGUCCUGUGGCUCAUGUAGAAGCCGAUGACCAGGUGUCACCCAGCUCCACGUUCUGUAAGGUGUACACACUCACCCCCACACUGAGCAGUAACCGAGAGAAGAGGGGUCUGGCUCUGGAUGGACAGCUGAAACAUGAAGACACCAACCUGGCCUCCAGUACCAUAGUGAAGGAUGUGUCCAACAAAGAGGUCCUGGGAAUCUUGGUUUCCUACAGAGUUAAAGUCAAGCUGGUGGUGUCUCGUGGAGGUGAUGUGUCGGUGGAGCUGCCUUUUGUCUUGAUGCACCCAAAGCCCUCCGAACAGCCCAACUCAAGACCGCAGUCAGUUGUGCCAGAGUCAGAUGUCCCGGUGGACACCAACCUCAUAGAGUUUGAAACAAAUAAUUUCUCACAGGAUGAUGACUUUGUGUUUGAGGACUUUGCUAGGCUCAGGCUGAAGGGAAUGAAAGAUGAAGAGGACGAUCACUUCUGCUAACGGCCCCUUCACACACACACACACACGACACCGUGUAAAGGUCGUAAGGAAGGGCGACAGGGGUGGGGUGUCAACCAGCCAGUACUCUCAUACCUCUGCUCCACUGGACCCAUCUGAUAGAGUGGAGCACAGCCUCCUUUCUUUCCUUAACUCUUUAUUUGUCUUUUGGCUCCCUUUCAGACCAUUUUAGCAUCUGUGAGGUGGUCUUUUAAUUGUCCUCCUGUUUCUCUGGUCAUAUGAACCACUUCACUGGAACGCUUAUAUGUUGAAUGAAACGACAGAGAGAGAAGGAAACAGAGGGAGAAACUGUUAGAUGGGUAAUCUAAACAUCAGUGUAUUGUUGGUGGGCAAAAGAUCCAUUGAUUCAGGGGUGAUUCUUUUUCUUUACCUUAAUUGAUUUUGUUUCCUUUUAUUUCUUCUCAUCAAAUUCCCACUUAUACAUCAAGUGGGCAUUAAUAGCUAUGUAAUUAUGAUAUAUGUUCUAUGUUAUUUCAUUGUACAGUACAUACACUGUUAACAAACACCACAGGGAAAUUGAGUUUGGUGUUAAUUUUAUUCCACUUUCCUAGACCCCGUAAUCAAAGCCAUCCAUACUUGCUUAGCAGCUUUUAUAUUAUAGUUAUGUAAAAUGUAUACAUAUCCUACGAAAAAAAGUAGUAACAUUUUUCUGUGCACUUGUUGUGCACGCAAUACUCAAAUAAUUAAGGACAAGGCAUUUUUUUUAAAAGGAAAAGUAGUUGGUAAUAUGCAUCGGGACACAAACAUCUGGUUUCUUAUUGUCAAUUUUAGCAUUUAUUUCACAUGUUUAGUUGGAGAAUAUGUAUACGCUGCUACAAGUCUUCAGUGUGAAAUUAGCUUGUAGAUAAAACAAGAGGACAGGGACAGGCUCUGUUUGUGCCACACACACACACACACACACACACAAUGUAAUUCCUCAUUAUUUGUGCCUGCCAAACUUAAUUUGCCAAAAUGUGAUGAUUUAUAAUGUUGCUUGUAAGUUAAGCUCAGAUCGGUUGAAACUCACACGCUCAUUCCAUGUUUUAGUUCACAGAAAGUGUUGAUGUAAUCAUUGUACUGCCAGAAAUAUUUUGAUGAUGGUUAUUUUAAAAUCGGAUUUAUAGCAUGAUCUCCAGGAAAUAUGAUUUUUAAUCUCGUUCUCCCAGGAUCAGCCCUUUCCUAAGACAUUCUUCAUAGUUUACUACUGAACAAUGGCAAAUCUAUUUGUUACAAUGUGUACAAGGAAGUAACAUUUUGCAGUGGAGCUCCCAUUGAAGGACAAAAAGCUAUCUCUAAAAUAAAGGAUUGCUUUGUUUAAAACACCCAUACAACCAUGCCAAUGUGCAUACUUGCGUUAGAUUUCAACUUUCAUGCGGCCUUGAGUUGAAGAUGAGGUCAAGUCUGUCUUGUUUUGUCCUUUUCUGAUGUAUAAUUGCUCUAUAAUUAUUUGAUGUAAAGUUAGGAAUCAUAAAAAGCUAGCUGUGCAGGUAACUGUUCUAUAGCAGCACACGAUCCUAUAAAUGAAUUCUAGUACUUCAUAAUACAAGAAUGCAACCGAUCAAGGUCAGAUGUGAUGUAUUUCCUAAGCUAUUAUUAUAAUACAAAAUAUCUGUUAUUUUAAAUUACAAUUUUAUUUGUAUGAAAAUAAACCUGAUCAUUUAACCAGAAAUUUUAUAGCAAAAUAGUCUUAUUAAUAUUCUACACGCAUUACUUACCAUUUGUACUGUCAUAAAUCUGACUGGCCAGUAAAAGUGAGUGAGUCACAAGGAGGAUGUCGAGUUGGUGAUUUUGAAUUUUGGACUACUUUCCUCUCUAGACCAACAGUUGAUUGAUUCAUUCAGUUUGGCACUGUCCAGGAAAUGAUUUGCAUAAUGUGCUGCAAGAUAAUUAAAAUUUCAUGCAGACUGACA